CGUGUGUGCGUUCAAUAUUCGAGUUUUCCGACCAACGUAGUUUGUGUAGUUUGGUUGUAGUUGGGUCGGAAUUUAAUUGGUGGUGGAAUGUUUGAGAAUAUGCAGCUACGAUUUAAUUUUACACAUUUAUAAUGGUUUUGCAAAGGCAUGAAAACUUGUUUUACCUCUACCGAAUAUCAUGUACUUUGUGGGAAGUGAAAUGAUUCUGAAGGUCAGAUAGUGGCAAACUGUUUGAGCGUCUUUGUAAGGAACGCUACCGCCAUUUUCUCUUUGUCGGUUGUACCUCGUUUUGUUGUAACGUUUAUGCUUCUGAUUCAUAUUUAUUCUACUGGGACCGAAGGAUUGUUCAGUGCCGAAAUACCAGGAAAAUACAGCAUAUGAAAGGAUGAUAUCUGUGUGUUUUGCUGCGUCUGAAAUAUGAAGUUCGAACCUUCUGAAGCCGAGCCGUUGGAGCAUUUAAGAAUCGUUAACUAGAAGGUGGUACACCAGGAAUGAUGGAAUCUUCUGUAGUGGAAGGUGAAGAAUAUUAUAAUCCAGAAGGAAGUGAAUGGACGCAAAAGGUCGAAAAUGGCCAAUUAUGCCGUGUGUGUGCCAGUGCAAAUGAGUACCUCAUACCCAUUUUCGAUGGGGAAGGGUUGGAACAUGAACUUGGCAUGAAGAUUCAAAAACACCUUCCAAUCAAGGUGACAGAGACUGAUAACUUGCCUCAGCAGAUGUGUUACCAGUGUGCGUCUACAUUAAUAGCUUGGCAUGAUCUUGUCAUUAGUUGUGUAGAGGCUGAUAAGAAGUUGAGAGAAUUACAAGUGGAAGGAGAAGAAGAUGAUUAUGAUGACAAGGGUGCUGAGGUAUUUGAAACUCCAUCUCUAGACUCUGAAAUGACAGAUGAUGUUCAGGCAAGCACAUCUGAAACACAAAACCAGGUUUCAAAGAUCAAGUCGCCGAAGAAAACGGCUGUUAGUAAGGAGAAGAAACCAAAUUUGAAAAUGGUCCUAGUGAAAGGACCACCACCUGGCUCAUCUGGACAGAAGACUGCUUCAAAGACUCAGGUUGCAAAGGCCCUGGAGUUAGCCAAAUCCAAAGACAGUGCCAAUCAGGAUUCAGCAAGUGAAAGGUGUCAGCUUUCUCCUUUGACAUCAUCCUCAACAGAGCUACACAUUCCAAGUACAUCAAGGAUAAAAGUUAUGGAUGAAGAUAAAACUCUUUCCCAGCAUGCCUAUUUUGUUGGUAUUAAGUCUGAAGAUGAGUCAGUGAGCACAUCAGAAACAGUGUGCUGUUUCUGUGGCUUGUCUUUCCCACAGAAGUGUGACCUACAACUUCACCAUCUUCCGGUUCCUACUCUAUGUGUUCUGAAUUGUAAGCUAUGUGACGAAACUUUCACUGUAAAAGAUGACUUCCUGGAACACAUAAAAGGACAUGGCGUUAAGUUGCAUAAGAACAGUGUUAUGUGUUUUUACUGUGGUCUUUGUUUUUCUCAAAAGCUAGAACGUGACACACACAUUUCUUUAGUCCAUUCAAACAACAAGUUGCACUGUGCAGAGUGUAGUGAAGUUUUUCAAUGCAAAGGGUUGUUUUCUGAGCACAUGCGAUGCCACAAGAAUCUGAAGGAAAGAAAAUCAUCCGGGUUGUGGUCAGAAUAUAUAGGUAUCAACAUUGUUAAAAGCACAGUCAGUCAUGAAUCUACACAAAAAGUUAAAAAAGCAGGGGGAAAGUGUAAUAAACACUCAAUAGAUGAUUCUACAGUGAAGGAAUGCACAUGUGAUGUGUGUGGGAAAAUGUUCGCAAGGAAUUUUGACUUAAAAAGACAUAUGGAGAUUCAUGAAUCUCAUAGAAUGUAUGUGUGUAGUGAAUGCCCCAAAACUUUUAAAUCCAAGGGGAGUUUAAGAGAGCAUGAAAAGAACCAUAUAUUAACAAAUGUUACUGCAGAUGAGGCUCAGAAAGUAGGCUGCCAGUGCAAGUAUUGUGGUCGAAUCCUUUCGAGGAAGUAUGACCUGAAGAGACAUAUGAAAAUUGUGCAUGGUCCUAAGCAGUCCAAAGGUGCUUUUAUAUGCCAACGACAGUCCCCUGUAAGUUCUGUUGGAUUGAAUUCUAAUAUAAAUAAAGCUGUGGAUAAUUCCAGAGGUCACUGGAAUGAGCUUGAGUCUGAGAUGCAGAGUGUUCUUGAAGAGCAUGAGUCAGAAGUCACUGAUGCUGCAUACAGUCAAAACUCUGAGGAAAGGUUUCCAUGUGGUAUUUGUGGGAAGUCAUACACAAGGAAGUAUGAUGUUAAACGACAUGAAAAAAUACAUGGUUCGAGAGAUAUCACACAAGAAGAAUGCGAGAAUAAUGAGAAAGUUAAAGUAAAACGUAAGAAAGCUUAUGAAGAAUUUUCUAAAUACAACCUGAUGCCACUGAGUGAAGAAGAAAUUUCACAUGCAAAAGUUGAAGUAAAUGGUAGAAUAUUGUAUCGUUGCAGCUAUUGUGGGCAGCAUAUAAUAACUAGAUACACUUACGUUCGUCAUAUCCGUAUUCAUACUGGUGAAAAACCAUAUCCUUGCCCUCAGUGCGGAAAACAAUUUCGUAUUCAGACAUUACUGAAUCGCCAUGUCAGCGAUGUACAUGAGGGCAUCAAGAAAUACCAGUGUGAUAUAUGCGGUAAGAAGUUUUCCAGCAGUAGUGCAAGAGUAGAACACAAAUUCAUCCAUUUUGAAGAACGCUCUUUCAUGUGUCAUGUCUGUGGUAAGACAUAUAAGACCAAGGCAUGUCUCAAAAUGCAUAGUAGAUUUCACAAAGCUGUUGGAGAUUUUCAGUGUCAUCAUUGUGAUAAAAGAUUCAAAACACGUCCAAACCUGAAAUCACAUAUCAUGAUACACACAGGGGAAAAACCCUAUGCUUGCCAAUUCUGUGGAAAGUGUUUUCGAACAACGCAUGAGCUUAAAAAUCAUGAACUCAUACAUACCAACACCGAGACAUUCCAUUGUACAGUAUGUGGGAAAAAAUUUUCACAGGAACGAUACCUUAAAAAUCAUCUGAGAAAUCACAGAACACAUAUUACAAAAACGAUUGGAAAUAGGCAAUAGAAUGUUGUGUAUGGACCUUUUGUAAGAUUAAAGUACGUUGUAAAAUUAGGUUUAUUACAAAUUGAAAGUUUUAUGUUAGGGUCCUGCUAAAAUAAUUGAUGGUUCUCUAGCUGUCAAAGAAAUUACUUGCUUUUAUGGAAACCAAAGGUACUUCACUGUGUAUACAAAAACCUACCAUUGGCCCAUAUCCCAUAUAUUCACAGCUUAUUUUUCUGAUGGGUAUUUUAAUAUUAUUUGAACUUUACACCUUUGUUACCCACCCUCCUCUUGAGAUUUGCAAACCUUUUAUUUUUUAAUUUCUUAUUGUCCUCAUUUCUCCAGUUUUCAUCUUUUCAGAACCUGUUAUGAUUUAUAAAUCUGCAUAAAUUUAAAUGGAAAAUUUUAUUGAGAACAUUGUUCAUUUUGAUAGAAAAAGAACUGAGUUGCUUCAGUUUCUGAGGGUUUCCAGCAUGUGGGCGAGAGUAUGGGGACAGACAUUGUUGUGCAACAACAGAUUUCCCUCUGGCAGUCUCCCUCUUGUUUUAGAGCAGAUUGCAUGCUUAGCCCCUUCUGAAGCAUGUCACAAUAGGUUGCACUUAUGAUAGUUGUUCCACAUUCGAGGCAGGUCUCAAGAAUUAGGCCCUUGAGAAUCCCAGAAGGUGGUCACCAUGAACUUGCCUGCUGAUGGUUGCGUUUUGAAUUUCUUUGCAACAGGAGAUGACAGAUGCUUCCAUAGCAUGCUCUUCCACUUGGUUUCUGGUUGAUAAUGAUGAACUCAUGUUUCAUCACCUGUGAUGAUCUGUUGCAGAAUGUUGUCACCUUCUUAGCAAUAAUGAGCCAAAUGGCAGGAACAUGUCUAGGUGCAUGCACUUACGCUGCCUACGUACCCACAUGGCACGCACUUUGUGGAGCUAAAGGUUAUCAUGCACCACAGAAUAGGCAGACCCAGUACUAAUAUUCAGUUUUUUUUGCAUUUCCAUCAACCGCCACUCUUUUCAGAAUUGCUGGGGUUUUGGUCUUUUUCCAUCAUCCAGUAUUCUAGAGACUAGAAAACAGGUUUCAGAAACUAGAUCUAUUUCCAUCCUCAAGUUAGGGAGGAAGACAUCUACUCAGUUGGGUCCCGUAGAAAGAGCUAAGCUUGAGCACUCUUCUGUUUUGAAGAAUCAGUUUCCUAGCUCUUUUUUCAUUCUGUGCGGUUGUGACUGGUUGGACAACCCAAGCGCUCUGCAUCAGUCACACUCCUAAAGCCGUUUUAAACAUUUAAAUCCUCUCAUACACAACUUUAUAAGAGAGAGCAUUGUCCCCACGCUGAGCACGCAUGCACUGAUGAAUUUGUCCACCUAGUACACCAUCUGCCCACAAAAAAAAAUAUCACAGAUCUUUGCUCCUCCCUGGUGUGAUUCUGAAGUUCCGCUGUUAUGUUCAUCUCUUCAUGACAAGUCUCACGCUAACUGCAAGGUCAACAGGCUUGCCUUGCUGACUAGUCAGAUAACACCUAACAGUGCAUCCGUCCCUCCUGUUCUUCCCAUUUUCUUCAAAAAUAUAAAAGUAGAAACUUUUUUGAAGAAAAAGCUUCUGUGAUUGUGAACUACACAUGUAAUUUGUCUGCCCUUGAUCCUUAUCUGUGUUCUCUUCCAUUCCAUAGAUAUCCUGAAGAGACUACUAAAUGGGUGAAGUACGUAUUGAGAAAUGCUAAUCUAACAGGUCUUCCAUUACAUGUGAUUUUUGUAGGAAAGGUGUCAUUGUUUGGUCAUUAUAAUGUGUACAUGUUAAACACAAAAUAUGUGACUUAAGGUUGUACUGGACUGGCAGUGAUAUCUGUUUACUUUAGUUUUAUGUACUUUACUUGUUGGCUGAGAUGAUAAUGCUUCUGUCUUGUCGACAGGAGGUGUCAGGUUUGGAUCUUGGUUGGAUCAUUCUAGUCUCCUCUGACAUGUUUCUUCUGUUGUCAUUUUCCUCAAUUACUCCAGGCAUGUGCUGGGGUAGUACCUCGUAUUAGGCCAUGGCUGCUUUCUUCCAUGUCCUUGCCAGUUUAUCCCACUCUUUGAUACUGUAUGAUCUGAAGUACUGACAGUCAGAUGGUACCUAGUAAAAUUCAGGUUUCUUCUCUUGGGCUUCAUGACAGAUUUGUCUCUGAGUUCAUAACUCUGUGUAACCAACUAGUUGAUGAAUGUUUUACUUUGGUUGUUACUUUAGGUGAGCUGUAUGGUUACGUAUUGGAAGCUGUAACAUCUCUUCAUCUGGUUUUUCAUUUGUUCUCUACCUCCCAAGUUUGAAUCUAGGCCAGGUUACCAGCUAACAUGACUAAGAUUUUCUUAUUUUUCCUCAGUUUCUCAAGCUUAUUAUGCUAUCCCCCCCCCCCCAUUUGAAAGAACAAUGUUAAAUAAGAUAAGUGAUCACCCGUUUAGUUUUGUUGUAAGCUUUUGGGGAGUUAUGAAUUGUGUCAGAAUUGUUAGUUACAAUAUUAUUACCAAGAAUAAGAUUUUCUGGCCUGUGUACAUUAAAAAUCAGUUUGUAAUAUAUGUAAACUUUAGUUGGAUUGUGUGGUAGAAAUUAGUUUGUAACAUGUAUGAACUAUAGUUAGAUUGUGUGUUAGUCCAUGGAGUGUGUUUGUGUUACAUUUCACACUAGUUGUACCAAAAUGUUCACACUUUAGAUCCUAAAUCUGAAUUCCUGUGAAGACAGAGGGCUUUGGUAUGUAGAUUUGGAUUCUGCGUGACUUCCUAUUCUCUCAGUACAUAUAGCUCCCACCCAACACAUUCUCUCUCCUGUCUCAAAUUAGUGAGGGAUCAAGAUGAAUCCAGUAAAACUGGAAUAGUUAAAAGUUAUUAUGCUGUCAUUUGUAUUUAAUCACACACAUGUAAUAUUGAGGCAGGUUUAAAUUAAAUGUGUGAUACUGGAAGAAUACCUGGUAAUAUGUGGGAAUUCAAAUAAAUGUUCUGUGGUAAUUUCUUUUGAGUUAUUGCCUACUGUAUUGGAACUGAUUUAACAAACCGUGACAUAAAUAUGUACUCUUCCACUCUCCUUUCUUCAACAUUUGAGCUCUGCAGUCGAAUUUCUUUUGUUAUGAUUUAGUGGUACUAAUAUAAAAGCUUAGAUUUAAAUAAAACCAUCUUCCAUGUCUCUUCUUGAGUUUGAUUUGUGUGUUGUAUGAGCUUUACUUUCUUUUAUUUAAUAAUAAAGUACUUGUAACUUCAUAGGAGACAAGAAAAAUGUUUUUAUAAAGUUACAGAAUACUACCACAUAAUUUCAUCUCCUUUUAUGUGAGUAAAAAUGAGUACCAGAUAUCUUCCUGGAGGUAAAGGGCAGCCAGCAUGUAAGGCUGACAACCCCACUGCCAU